GUAUGUACGCUAGGACGAAGAGUAAAUAAUGUGGCUAACGACACCUAUUACACAGCAAUACUUACACGUGGCCCGAUUGUCCUGAAGUAUCCUAUAACCCUGGAAUUCCCAGUGUUAUGGGAAUCCCCAGUGAAAUCCCAGUGAGCCACAGCUGGGACACGAUGCACCGCAGCUGUCAAUCAACUCUACAGGAAGAAUCAGGAAAUUCAAAGUUUCAUCCUCCUCCUCCUCCUUCCUCUGCUGUGCGGUGUGUGGUGGAUCAUUUAAAGGAAUCAGACAGAGGAAGGGGACAGGAUCGAUCACAUGAUGACCAACACACACAUCCACACACACUCCUCGGAUCUAUAGCUCAGACCUGGGUUUAGUGAGUCUGCCUCAGGCCCGGGACUGACGGAGCGACAUGGAGCGCAGCUGCCAGGACUGGAUGUCAGCUUUACCCGAGGAGCUGUGGGACGUUCCUCUGACUGACCUGGCCAUACCUGGGAGCCACGAUGCCAUGAGUUACUGCCUGGACUACAACUCCCCCCUGGUCCCAUCUGAAUCAGACUUCUUCAGACUCCUGGAUCGACUUUUCUCCUGUUUUACCAGACCUGCCAUAUUUAAGUGGGCUACAACACAGGACAGAAGCGUUGAGGAGCAGCUUUCGAUGGGGAUUCGCUUCUUUGAUCUUCGCAUUGCACACAAGCCCAAUGACCCAUCCAGCGACCUCUACUUCACACAUGUCAUAUACACACACCUAACAGUUGUGGAAACACUGUCAUCCAUCGCCACCUGGCUGGAGUCUCACCCAAAGGAGAUUGUUAUUCUUGCUUGCAGCCAUUUUGAAGGAAUCGGCGAUAAACUCCAUAUAUCAUUCAUUUCCUCCCUGAAGAAGCUGUUUGGAUCAAAACUCUGCCCCCGGAAGGAAUCAGACCUGACCUUGCGGAGUUUGUGGGCAUCUGGUUACCAGGUCAUCCUGUCUUACGAGUCCCAGGCUGCAGCGAGAUAUCAGGAGCUGUGGCCUGCCAUCCCUUACUUAUGGGCCAACAAGCAGACAGCACAGGGAGUGAUCAGUUACCUGGACUGGAACAAAGACCUGGGACGUCCAGAGGGCUUCUUCGUCUCUGGCCUGAACCUCACAGCUGAUCGGUGUUACAUCACCAAGAACCCGAAGCAAUCUUUGCGGACGCUGACUUUCAGUAACUGGGAAUGUUUGAGGAGAUGGCUGGAGGAGCAGGUACCUGGGUCAGACCCCAAGAGCCUCAACAUCAUCGCAGGCGACUUUGUGGGUCCACUGCCGCUCUGCUCUCUGGUCAUCGGACUGAACAAAAAGCUGCUACGGAAGAGUGCCGUCAGCUAAAAGAACAUUUUUACUCCAUGGAAACUGAUCCCAAAAAAAAAAAACUACUGUAUACCUCAUUUU